CUUUCCUUUCUCCAACAACAAUGCGCGUCGUCGUGCGGCAGCGCUCGCUCCUCUUCGCCAUAUGCACGCUGUUCGUUCUCCUUCAGUUCACGUCCGUCGUAGCUCAGUCCACCUCUUCUACAAGUUCUGGCUCGACUUCGUCCUCUUCGGUCUCCUUAUCUCUUACGACAAGCAACGUUACUUCCACCUUUACCACAACAUCUAAUGGCCAGACGAGCACCGGCGUCACAGUCGUCCCGGUCACCAGCACCCUGUCCCCAUCUGCAACAUCCAGUGGGAACGCCACUGCCAGCUCGACAACUUCCGCUUCCGCAUCCUCCUCCACUACUCCCGCCCCCAUUACGCUCGACACUAGGAUAGACCCGGGAUUCGGCGUGCUGGGCGCUAUUCUCAUCUUAACUGGCCUUCCCAGUGCGUUUUGGGGCCAUAAAAACAGAUGGUCUUCCUUCUUCCUUAUCGGCUUUUACACAUUUGCCCUUGCCUGUCUCGCGCUCAUCCUCAAGUUUGGCGUGCUCGAAGCUGUUUCUCCCCCUGAUGACAAGCUUCGCGGCGUAUUCGUCCUUGCGUGUACUGUCGCGGGCUUUGUCGGGGGUGGUGUUGCGAUUUUCUUCUGGCAGCAGGCAAAAUAUUUCAUAGGCGCGUGGGGAGGGUUCGCACUAGGCCUGUGGAUUCAAUGUUUCAGGAACGGUGGUGUAAUCCGUCCGAUCGGCAUCAGGUGGAUACUGUAUAUUGGUCUCGCGGCUGUUGGAUUCUGUCUGUGCACUCUACCCAAGCUUCACUAUCAUGUACUGUUGUUCUCUACUGCGGCAGUUGGUGCAACUGCGUUCGUGUUGGGAAUAGAUUGCUUCUCCACCGCAAACCUCAAGGAGUUCUAUGUUGCGAAUCUCGGGUUUAACUCGCUCUUCACGGUUUACACGAGCAAUGGCAUCCAAUUCCCAGUCGACCAAUUGAUGCAAAUUGAACUUGGUCUAAUUGGUGCCUUCACGCUUAUGGGGGCAGCCGUGCAACUCCGGAUUCUGCAAGUUCUUAAGCGGAAAUUGGAAGAAAUUGCCAGGGAGCAGAAGAAGCGUGACGAGGAUUUGGAGAAACAAGCUGCCGCACGCUUUACAAUGACGACGAAGCAAUUAGCCGUGUGGGAGGCAGAACACGGUAGAGCAGACUCAAACUAUUCGGGACUUCCGCUUCUCAAGCACCAAGAAGCUCAAUCUCCUAAUACCGAGGAGGGGUCGACUCUGGUUAUGGAUGGCCAACGGCGCUCGAGAUACCAAUCUGGACUCUCAGAAUUCAUGGCAACUUCUGGCCCUGACGACAAGCGACAGAAUGUCGGGGCUUUGCCGGCUAUCGACCUUGGAAAUGACUUAGAGACUGAUCUUCCGAAGGACUUCGUAACCGAAAGGACGAGCUCAAUCAGCUCAUCCAAAGGUCUGACGCCGCAGGAACGCGAGGACUUGAAAAAGAAGGAAGACCUUAUUGCGGAAAUAACAAACAUUAGGAAGUCGAUUGAUCAACUACGGUCUACAACUCCAGGCUCCUCAGCUGAAGGUGGCUCCCACUCCCGUAAUCCUUCAUUCACUUCGCGCCGAACGCUAAGCCUUGGUCUUGCUGAAGCCCUCGACGGUCCAGUUCGUCCACCUCGUGGUCAAGACCCUCGCGGUCGUGUUAACUCUAUGGAUCGGCUUUCAAUGGGUCCGGAUGCUUACAUGGCAGGUGCCUCUAUUAGUAGACCUUCGAGUGCCCCGCUUCAAGAUAAUACGGACUGGAACGAAUAUGUACGAGAGAGGAAGCUCUUCCAGCCGCCUGGUGGAGUUUCGGCCCCUAUUGCACCAGCUCCUGCUGCGCCCGUACCAUUACGUGCGUCUAUGGCAGUCCCUGAUGCUGUGGCAGAGGCACUUUCUCGGCGCCGCCAACAGGAGGCCGCUAUUGAGACUGGGGAAUUCGGAAGAUUGCCUCAACAUGGCCGUUCGGCUUCACAAACUUUGGGCAACGAACGUCCAUUAUCUGGCGGCGAACGUCCGUUGUCUGGCAUGUGGGCUCCGCAGCCAAAGGCAGCUACCACCGGGAGCCGACCGCCAGUUAUCGUUCUUCCGCCGCGCAAGCCUGAUGCAUCCCAACAAACUCGUCCUGUAGCACCUCGUGUCCAUACUUUUGAGGAAUUGCAAGAUCGCCAUCGUGAAAAGAUGCGUGAUCUUCAGGCUCCGCUGAGUCGGGCAGAGCGUGACUCAGCUGCGCUUGCCGACGCUCGUAGCCGUUGGGAACGUUCUAAGGAGGUGGAAAAACAGGUAAUGGCUAAAAAGCUUGCGGAGAAGGAGGCUGCCCUCAAGCAGCGUCAGGGUGACAAAGACGAAAAGAAGGCUGGUCAAGGAGCAUCCCAUGAGCGAUCUCUCAGUGCGGACAAGUUGAACAGGCUGCCUGGAGCAUCGUCAACUUCGAAGCGUCAGUCGAUGAUGAAGGUCGAAGACUGGAGACGAUACCAACAAGAAGUAGAUGCCCCUUCCCGGUCAAAGUCACCGCCAAAACGUGACUCAAAUGUACCUUUUCCCGUCGCUCAGGGUGGUCGAGAACCGGGACAUCGUCAUCAGACAUCGGAUGAUCGCCGACGAAGUCAAAUGCUUUCUUAAGGUUGGUGAUGCCUCAUACUUGGACGAUCUUAAACCGGACUUCUGUAUUUUAAAAAGCUUAGUCUUCGCAAUCGCUUCGUACGCCCAUCAUUGUACUGGCAAAAACCAUUUCAUUCUCCUCGCAAUGUGCUGCCGCUCUCUUGUCCACGGACUUCGCAAUACCGCAACUCCUCAAGCUCUACUGUUCGGAUUUUUAAAGCGCUAUCGUACUUUUGUUUUGUCUGGUAGUUUCUCGCAAACUCCUUUACCCACCUCGACCAUGUAAAUACCUCUUUUAUGAACUUUCGCGCCGCAUCAUUAUCACUCCCACUCGCUGUCGUUUCUCUUACGCAUGCAUCAUCCCUCCAUGUCAACGCAUUAGUCUACAUUAUUAUAUCCCAUUAGUAGGUCGUUUUCAGUAGCUUCUCUCAUCCAUCCAUUCGGACUCAACCAUAGCUUUGUUGUUGCGCGAUUGGCGAUAUCAUGGACCUUUUGUCAUCAUGUUCGACACGGUUUUCGUACUUCCAUUUUCUGUCCACUUGGGACCCGAGUCGAUAAUUAUGUUGCAGUGUCUUCCGAAUGUACAUAUUUAUUGAUGAUUUAGGGGGUCCAUUGGCGACUAUUGACGAAUCAUCUGACAGCAG